AUGUCAACAAACUCCAAGUCCAUCACAGAAAUAGUCUGCACAAACCCAACCCCGCAACUGAGAGUUGUCAUUCAUGAAGACAAGCGUCCAGAAAAACAGCAGAAACGCAGAUACAACGCGCCAACCAGCAAUGAAGUCGGCAUCCUCAUGCCCAACGAACCUUCCGCCCAGCGAGAUGUUGUUCUCCACCAACGAGAUGGCCCACUGCAGCACAUCAGUGAAUUACACCGAGCAUACGACCCGCUUCAAUACCCUCUCUUAUUCCCCUACGACACUGAUGGCUACAGCAUCUACCUACACUCGGAAACAGGCCGCAAAAUUACACAAAUGCAAUACUAUGCAUAUCACUUGCAAUGCAGAGCCACUAAUUACCUCCACCUUGGUCGAGACCUCUAUCAACAAUUUGUUGUGGACAUGUAUUGUAAGAUUGAAAGUGAACGCCUCCACUACAUCAGAAGGGAACAGAAAACGCUCCGAGCAGACACAUAUCAUCAUGACUUCUGUGACUCCAUUCUUCAUUCCGAUGCCGACCCAAACAGUAUUGGCCGCCGCGUAAUCCUACCCUCAUCCUACACCGGAGGUCCCAGGUAUAUGUAUGAACGCCAACAGGAUGCCAUCACAUACGUCCGGAGAUAUGGUCGACCCUCAUUAUUCAUCACAACUACGACAAAUCCUAAAUGGCCAGAAAUUCUUGGCAACCUGCAGCCACAUCAACACGCUCCGGACCGCCCUGAUAUAGUUGCUAGAGUAUUCCACCAUAAACUCCUCGCUCUCAUGAAACUAAUCAAAGAUGGAGUGUUCGGCGAUGUCCAAGCAUGGCUUUACGCAGUUGAGUUCCAAAAACGCGGGCUACCCUACGGACACAUCCUGGUAUGGCUCACCUCAACCAGCAAAAUCACCCUAGAAACCAUCGACUCCAUCAUUUCGGUGGAAAUACCUUGCCCCACAACCCAACCAAUACUACAUACUAUAGUCACCUCCAACAUGAUCCACCGCCCCUGUGGCGCCUUCAACCCUAAAAGCCCCUGUAUGCAAGACGGCAAGUGCACCAAAUCUUUCGCCAAAGAUUUCCAACAGACAACACUCCAAGGCAAUGAUGGGUAUCCGAAAUACCGCAGAAGAAUGCCAGACGAUGGCGGCCAUACAACUAUCAUCAGCAUGCACAUGAAUGGGCAGAAACUGCAGGAAAUAGUCGACAACAGAUGGGUUGUCCCCUACAACCCAUGGUUACUCCGCCAAAUGAAUUGCCACAGCAAUGUGGAGAUAUGCAGCUCAGUCCACAGCAUCAAAUAUGUCCUCAAGUACAUACACAAGGGCUCAGAUCAAGCAAUUUUCAGUCUUCAAGGAGAUGCACAGGAUGAAAUCAAGCAAUACCAAUACGCACGCUUUGUUGGCAGUAUGGAGGCAGCUCACAGGAUUCUUGGCUUCCCCAUGCAUCAACACUACCCACCUGUCACUACCCCAGCCAUUCACCUCCAAAACAGCCAACGCGUUUACUUCAACGAAACAAACGCAAUGGCACACGCACUCGCCGACGCCCCGAAAACCACUCUCACAGAGUUCUUCACCUUAUGUGCAAAAGACCCAUUUGCACAAUCACUACUGUACGUUCAAGUGCCAGAAUACUAUACAUGGGAUAACAAAACCAAAACCUGGAACCGCCGCAAACGAGGAACACCUCAUCCCCACCACCAAGACAUCUUUCAUUCCGCAUGUGUAGGGCGCGUCUACUCGGUCAAUCCAAAGCAAUCGGAAUGCUACUUCUUACGACUUCUCCUACAUGAACUGCCAGGACCUACAUCAUACGAACACCUCAGAACAGCGAGUAACACGACCUACGACACCUUCCGUGAGACAUGCCAGGCAAGAGGACUCCUUCAAGAUGACCAACACCUCCACAGAGCCCUAGAAGAAGCUGCAGCCAGCAACAGUCCGUCACAAUUACGUCAACUAAUGUCUGUUAUCUUAGUCAACUGCGAGCCAAGCCAGCCCACAACGCUAUGGGAACAACACAAAGAUGCCCGCGCAGAAGAUUACUUGCACACCCACAGUAAGAAUAACCCAGCCAUGGCAUACAACCUCUGCCUAGCAGCCAUUGAGGAGCUACUCUUGCGCAUACCAGGAUGUUGCAAACUCCCACACUACGGACUACCAGCAGCACAACACCAACAGACAGACACCGAAUUCCUACGAUACACAAACUUCAACAUUGAAGAACAAAAGGAAUAUGUCCACCACCAUGAACAUCAGUUAACAAAGGAACAACUACACGUCUAUCAACAGCUCCUAACCCUGAUCAACCAAGACCAUCCCGACAUUAUCUUCCUUGAUGCCCCAGGAGGCACUGGCAAAAUCUUUAUGCUCAAUCUCCUACUAGCCAAAGUUCGCUCUACAGGAGCCAUCGCCAUCCCAACAGCAUCAAGCGGAAUAGCUGCCACUCUGCUAUCAGGAGGACGCACACUACACUCUAUGUUCAAAGUCCCUUUAGAUGCCCCCCAAAUGGACACACCCACAUGCGCAAUCAAAAAGGGCACCUCCUUAUCCAAAAUCAUCAAUCAAUACCAACUUCUAAUCGUGGAUGAAGCACCAAUGGCACAUCGCACCGACUAUAAAGCUAUUGACAGAACAGUGCAAGAUAUAAGGGACAACCAACUACCCUUUGGCGGAAUCCCUACAGUACUCUGUGGUGAUUUUCGGCAAAUUCUCCCGGUCGUCAAAAAUGGCACCAGAGCAAAUGUUGUCGAUGCUACCCUGAGGAAAUCCCACCUUUGGCCACAUGUCCGCGUACUACAACUGACAACUAAUAUGCGCGCUGCUCUCACCAACAAUUCUGCGUCACAAGCCUUCUCUGACCUCCUCAUCACCAUUGGUGAUGGCCAACAGCCAAUCACAGCUACUCCCGACACGAUUACCAUACCAGACGUCAUACAGACUACAGAAUCUGCCGCAGAUCUGAACACAGCCAUCUACGGAGACCUCAACACAAGAGCACAUGAACCAAAUGGCUACUGUCCCGCACCAUACUAG